AAAUGUAUAUUAAAUGUUAUGUUACAAUAGCUGUUUAAAACAGUGUUUAGAAUCCAUUUUCCAUAUCUUUAAAAGUUGUAAUAUUUAUUUACUUAAAUUAUUUGAAAUAUUUAGGCUGGUCAUAGCAUUUAAAUCUUUAUCGUUCAUAAGGUAGUUGUUUUGUAUUAUACUUUGUAGAAGACUACUAUUUGUUUUCAAGUAGUAGAAGUAAAAGUAAUUUUAAAAAAGCAAACUGGCUUGCACACACCUUUGAAUAAAAUCUAAUCCAAAGACUGAUCCUGCAAGAUAAACCUACACUGAAGUCACCUGAAUAAAGAGGGAACAGGGUUACCCACCCUGGGCCAUAGACGGAAUAAGGGACAAUUUGAGGAGAGACUGGAUGUGAUUCUUGAGACAUAGAUUAGAGGAUGGAGGGAGAUGAGUGAAGAAAAGCCCAGGUCAUGGACACAGUUGCCCAUUUGGGGCCUGUAGGAACUGGAGCGCCUUCAAGGAUUAGUGGAGAACCACAUACAUCAUGGGACGUCAAUCUGCAAAUGUAGAAUCUAGGAUCCUGGAGUAGGAUGAGGAAGGGAGAGCAAGUUUUCUACACUUGGCCACUCCUGAGAAAAGAGUCUUCCUAAAAACUGUUCCAAUGGAGGCAAGAAGAACAAGGCAGGCUGUGGAUUGCAGAGACAGCUAAGAGAUGUGAGAACCAGCAGCUGCCAUGAUAAAUAUGACUCAAAAGAAUUAAAGAGGGUUUCUUAUGCUUAUUUAUAUAUAUUAAACACACAUAUCAUUGCUAAACUUUUAAAUAAUUCACACAAACGAAUGCCUACCCUUGACAUCUAGGAGGAUGCACCCUAAUCCUAUACUGUAAACAAUUCAAUGGGUAUCCUUCUAGACAUUUUCAUAUGUAGUUGAUAAACCUACACAUAUGGACAUACUAACGUAUAUCACAUAAAUAUCAAUUUUUCAUAUACUUCAGUUUCUCAUUUAUUUAUAUUUACUUGCAAAUAGAGCUUUAAGAUUUUUCUUCAUUAGUACAUAAAAAUAGAUUGCCUAGUUAUAAACUGCUGCAUUAUAUCUUAACUGCAAAACUAAGAUACUCAUAAAAUCUUAUCUUGUAAGUGUGGUAAGAUUAAUUGCUUUAAUUUGUAGCACAUGCUCAGAAUGGUACUAGACACUACCCAAGUAUUCCUUACGUUAACUCUUCUACUUGAAUCGGGUUUGAAGAUUAUUUCCUGACGUUGUGGGUCUGUAGUCAGGAAGAUGAGGCAGUUCCCAGAGAACUGUUCAGAGACAGAUUCCUGCAGCUCAUCCACUGCACAGCAAGAGGAGAAAUAGCCAUUCCCUGGGAUGAUGAGGCCAAGCCUGUUGCAACAAUACCCAGAGUUCUAGACGGAAACAUUCCUACAUGGCACACAGCCCAGCUGCCUACAAGGGCUCACCCCCACCCUCACUGGAUUCUUGGUUCUCCCUGGAGUUUAGGAGCUUAGAGUUUCAGCCAGGAAGACACAGGCGUCUGGGAGGCAGUCAGGAGGAUGCUCUGCGCUGUGCACUCAACCCAGCCAGGAGGGGAUUCCCAGCCUGGAUCCUGAAAUCCAUUUGGCAGCUUGCAUUUAGUUUCCCUUUCACUUGUUGCAUCAGCUUCGUUGCUAUUUUUGCCUUCUGGGGUUCAUUACACAAUCUCUGACGAUGUAACAAAACUCAAAGUCACUUGUAGGCUUUAAGUAUGUAGAUGGCUUUGCUUUGGGCUGUUUCGCCUUAAAGAAGAUUCGGAAACUGCCUCAGAGACAGGAAACUCACCCAGAACUUACACAGUGAGAGUGCCCUCAUGUCAGCUGGGUGGCGCAGAGGCCUGCUGAGAUUUGUUCAACAGCUGCAGCCAAUGUGUUGUCCUUUUCACUGUUUUCCCAAACUUAGGUUGGCCUGACUCAAUGCACCUCUGAUAGUGAUUCUGAUAAUUCAGAGUCCAGCUCAGAGAACAACCUGGAAUCAGAAGGGAAAAGUAAAUGCAGGCUUGAUGCAGACAGGCAUGUCCUGAAAGGGCCAGUCUGAGUUAGCAGCAGCAGCGGGUCCAGGCAGCAAACACUGAAAACAAGGCAUGGGCUGCUCCUGCCUGUUCCUGGGCCAUCGACCCUCUGGUGGGAGCGUUCUGAGAGUGACAGGGGUGCAGAGUGUAGUAGGAUCCUCUGGUUAGGUACGUCCUAGAGGAGUUAGGAGAGUUAGCCAAGGCCCCAACCAAAACACCUAGUCCCAGCUGCAUCUGAAGUGAGCAGGAGACACACGGGGCGAUGAGUAUUGUCCAUGGCCUGUGAAUGAUGACCUCAGUGUGAGGAAAGGGAGGAGAGAAGAGGCUGUGACCAGGGGCCCUUCGAUCUCUCUGCAAAUUGUCCAUCUCCACACAUGGUGGGAGGCUGAGGAGGGGCGCUGGCCCCCAGCUGUUGGCUGUGAGCACAGGGCAACCCCGGCCUGGGCAGAGUCAGCCUCAGGUGCUGAGAGAGGGCGAGAGCCAGGCCGCAGCUGCAAGGUGGGAGGACACGCUCUUCCCUCAAGCUGGAGACGGACUUCCCAUCAUGGUCCUCAAUCUUCACAGGAGCUCUCUAGGUUGCUGAGCAAAAUGUCUUCAGUCUAGUUUGGGCUAUCUUUAAAUUUAUAUAAGUAGUAUACAUUUUCUUCUGAGGUGAGUAUCUUUCAAUCACUGCUAUAUUUGUGUAUUUAGUUGUGGUUCUUACUUUUUAUUGUUAUUAGUAACCCUAUUAUCAGGAUAGAUAAAGUAUUUAUGCAAUUUUAAUGGGUUUUUGGGCUGCAACUAGUUUGGGACUCUUAUGAAUAUUGCUGAUCUGAAUUUUCUUUACUUCUAUACUGGUGCAUAUUUACAUGAUUCUUUCCCUGGGUAACUGCAUGGUUGUCCUGCUGUGUUUCUCCACCACAGCUCUCUCCAGGAACUACAGCUUGCUUCGAUUCCAACAAAGAAGGAGUGAUACGGAGUGUCAGAAACUCCUGCAGCAGUUACCUUCAACUCCUCAACAUUGCCUGGAGGUCAGGAUGGACUUCCAGGUCCCUGAGGAGAUGAAGCAAGCACAGCAGUUCCAGAAGGAAGAUGCCGUAUUGGUCAUCUAUGAGAUGCUCCAGCAGAUCUUCGGAAUUCUCACCAGAGACUUCUCCAGCACUGGCUGGUCUGAGACCAUCAUUGAGGACCUCCUUGUGGAACUCCAGGGGCAGAUGGAUCAUCUGGAGCCAAUCCAGAAGGAAAUCAUGCAGAAGAAAAACUUCACUAUGGGAGACAUGACCGUUCCUCACCUGAAGAAAUAUUAUUUCAACCUCGUGGAGUACCUACUGUCCAAGGACUACAACAGCUGUGCCUGGGCAGUCGUCAGAGCGGAAAUGCUCAGGAACUUUUCUUUCCUCAACAGCCUAACAGGGUACCUCCGUGACUGAACAUCUCCCCACCUGCGGCUCUGGGAAUGGACUAUGUGACACUGACCUGAGACGUUUCAGCCAGCAGAGGCUCUAGAAGUAACUGACAAUGCAAUGCAUUGCAUUUCAAUAGACAGUUAAAGACUGCAAGCUGUUUUAAAUGAUUUAUGCAUUAUUUACUCAUUUUAACAUUUAUAUGGGAAAUACAUUAUUUAUGAAACAAAAGUCAAUGUGGCAGUUUCAAUGUCAACUUGAUUUAUGUGACAACACAUAUUAAAAAUUGCAGAGCACCCUGGAGACAUCUGAUGCAAAACAAGCCUGCAGAAUACUAGUUUCCGGCCCCUGCCUUUGAGGAAUUUAAAACAGAUGGAAGACAUGUGGAAUGUCCAACUUACAGGCAUACUGUCAAUGUAUCCGCACAGUUUACCUGCUCUUGUCUCCUUCCCUUCUUUAAAGGUAUCAGACAGCUCAUGCUGUAGGGCCCCGCUAUAUGAUGUAGGGUUCUUUUGUCUUUUUUUCAACUGGGGGAAAAUAUACACCACCUUACAUUUGAGAGUCUUACAAAGUAAGCCUCUGGAUGCCAAUAAAUGUUGGGCAAAUUCCAUUCAGUUUAUAAAAUACUACAGAAAAUGAAAAGUUCUGACCUUCUACAUGUCCUUAGUUUCUUAUACACUUCAACUCUCAUUUCCAACACUGUAGUCCUGGGAAAAGGUUUCAGGAACAUGAGUUAAACAUUACUUAAGAUCAUCACGGGGUCAUUAAAAAUUGUCAGAUAUGGUAAUCCCUCAAUUAACAAUAAGUGAAAAUAAUCUUGAAAAUAUUAACAAGUUUUCAUCUAUUAAAGAUAGAAAACUAAAACUAUACUAUAUACUUGCUUUAGUACAAAGAAAAUAUAGUUUAAAUAAAACUUACUAAAAUGCUAUUGUUAAAUAUAAAACAUAUUUCAAUAGUCUACACUUAAUAUUUAAGAAGCAUUAUAUAAGUUUAUUACAAAGUUGAAAACGUGAAUUAAUUUAAAAUAAGUAUAUUUAUGAAAUAUAAAACUAAUUUUAAAAGUAAAGAGUGUGUUUU